AUGAUCAGAACUGAUACUAAAGACACACCAGUAGUUGAAGUCAUGACCAGAACUGAUACUAUAGACACACCAGUAGUUGAAGUCAUGACCAGAACUGAUACUAUAGACACACCAGUAGUUGAAGUCAGGACCAGAACUGAUACUAUAGACACACCAGUAGUUGAAGUCAUGACCAGAACUGAUACUAUAGACACACCAGUAGUUGAAGUCAUGACCAGAACUGAUACUAUAGACACACCAGUAGUUGAAGUCAUGACCAGAACUGAUACUAUAGACACACCAGUAGUUGAAGUCAUGACCAGAACUGAUACUAUAGACACACCAGUAGUUGAAGUCAUGACCAGAACUGAUACUAUAGACACACCAGUUGUUGCAGUCAUGACCAGAACUGAUACUAUAGACACACCAGUAGUUGCAGUCAUGACCAGAAAUGAUACUAUAGACACACCAGUAGUUGAAGUCAUGACCAGAACUGAUACUGUAGACACACCAGUAGUUGAAGUCAUGACCAGAAAUGAAUUCUGCUGCAGCAGGUGUUUGGGAAGCUAUGCUUGUGUAAUGGCUGGCAAACUUGCCUACUGGUCUGGUAGUCAUUGGAGACCUCAGUAA